AUGGACCCAACUGGCCAUUAUCCGCCUACAUCCUCCGCAUCCUCAUCUACUUCUUUCCCUAUUUAUCAUCACCCGAAUCCAUAUCACAAUGAAACGAACGCAACGAUGUAUAUAAGACAUAACCAGUCGUGUCACCACCACAAUUCUCAUUUCAAUCAAUCACAAGAUUCACUUCUCCAACACAUAUCGCCCGAUUUAUCUCAACAGCAGUCAUUACCCUCUGUUCAGGUGACCCAUCCGACUCCUACCAAAGCGAUGAAGUUCCGCAGAAAGUCUUCAGAUGCUCUAAGCGUCUCUACAGCGAGCUCAUUCGACCCCUCUCCUGUAGGUCAGAUGCAGCUCUUGCCUUCACCCGGAACGGGUACAUUAGACGUAAUGGUCGAGAACAAUAUGCCAAGAGUUCCUCGAAGUAGACCAAGAUCACCAGAGCUGGAGUUGGAGGACGAUGACAGUGAGGCCGAAAGGAUACGGUUGGAAGAGAAACAAGCUAGAAUUAGAGAAAAGGGCAGAGAGAGGCAGAGAAGAAAGAGGGAAAGAGAUAAGAAGAAGGCGAAAGAGGCGGAAGCAGCCAAUGGCUCAUCCUCACAUCUUCCCGUUCCGUCAAGUAGCACUCAAACAAAAACUCCUUCUCAAGCACUGUCCAUCUCCGUACCUUCUUCUGUAUCCUCCAUCGCAUCGUCUCUACCACAAUCAGCAUCGUACUUCUCCAUAUCUCCUUCGCAUCCAUCUUUCGGUAUACCCACUGGGUCUACAUCUGCCUCAGGCACUUCCACACCCGCAACGCUUUUCUCGCCUGCCGACUCUACGCCUGGCUUGGGGUAUAGUCCCGACACUUCGAUGAGCGCCAGCCUGUUUAGCUUGGGACUAGACGCUUCAAUGACUAGUGCAAUGCUCGAGAUACCCUCUGAUAAACCUAACAAACGGAAUCCUCGAAGUAAAGCCAGGGCAGCAUCGACCAGUGUCACCUCUUCAGCUAAUUCACGAAAGGUUUCGCCCACACCGCUGCUCACCGGGCUACCUCAGCCUAUUAGAGAAUCAAAACCACCUGUGAUCAAAUCCGCUAAGAGAAGGAAAUCCGAACCUCAAACCGAUGAGCUUGUCAAUCUGGGAGGUUUAGGCGUAAUGACGAGUCGAGAGGAUCCUCCGGCCCAUAGCAUCUGGCAAACUAAAUCGAGUGAUAAUACCAGACCUCAUCCACGUCGAACAGCUUCUGAUGGGGUGGUCAUCAAAUCGAGUCAUGACAGGGAACGAGAAUGGGGUGCCAGAUCACCUACGCCACCACCAGUACCCAGUCUGCCAGAUGAAUAUCGACAAAACAAGGUCUUACGCCCUUCUCCCAGUACUGAUACCGUCUCGGAUGCUGUUUCGGCUCCUUCGGUACAAGCAGAGAUCUUCGCCGAUAGAAUGGUCUUCCUCCUGAAUAAGGAUGAAGGAGAGACCGGCUGGCUCAGCAACCACAUAGGUCUGAACAACAGUGAUAUAGACGAGAUGAAGAAUGCCCUGAAGGGCGUAUACGAUAAAUGGUUGCUGGAAAAGGGCAUGAAAGAGAUGAGUCUAGAUUCCAGCGAAGGUAUGGGUAGUCAGCCAUCCUCAGCAAGUAUGACACCUUCAACUACAUACAUGACUCAACCGUCUGUUCCCGCUUCUCCAAUCAUCAACUCCACCAACUCGGCUUCGGGUUUCUUCACACCUGUCCCCUCACGUACGAGCUCUCGUCGAGGCGACAAACGACCUACAAUCACCGUGCCGAACGCUGCCGGAAAUUCAGCAACAUCCCAGACUCCCUCGCAUACCCGUCAAAGAUCACUCUCAAGUGCAUCCAUGAUGGCGAGGGGCUUGCACAUUACGUCGGUGACUCCCGUACAAGUCCAACAAUGGUCGCAUCCUGCUACACCGACUUUACCUCAAGAGGGCAAUGCUAAUCUUGGUACAGACCCUCGUUCAGACGAUACUGCUUCACCCGUCAACUCAUCUUUGCAAACCCCUUCUACCGGCCAAGGUUCUUUCCCGAUCUCCGACCAAAUGACAGUUUCUCAUGGACACUGGCGUUCAGCUACAGAUCCGACUGGCCAAAGAGCCUAUACUACCGCACAGCAUGAACAGCAUACUCCGUUCCAAGAUCCAAGUAUGCAGCAAAACAGCCACAUCUGGAAUGUGCCCAGCACAUGUCCUUCAGCGCACCAGAUGAAUUAUGGUCAAUUGGAAAGCCCACUUGCUACCACGGCUAUCAACAAGGCCGAUCAGAUGGGUAUGCCACCUCCUCCGACGACCUCAACAGGUACAGCCGCACAGCAUCCUGGUAAUAUCGGUGGAAAUGCGAAUACUGUAGGGCUCAAUGGAAUUUCUCCGGUUGUACAUGUCGAAUCAUCUCAAGGGUAUCAAGGACAUCAACGUCAUUUCAGUACACCUGUCACCUCCCGGACUCAACCUAUCUCAGAUCGCAACAUUAUGGCUAUUCCUUUCACUCCUGAGACCCCUGUACCAGUUCGAGGUCAGAAUCAUACGACGAUAGACGGUAAUUUGAUUACAUCCAUGCCGAUGUGGUACAAUUCCACUUUCAUGUCGCACCCUGAUUCUCAGGUCUUACAAUCACCGAUUGUCGAACGAGGCCACGGGCAUGGGCAUAGCCAUGGACAUCUGACGACCAUCAGACCAGAGCAUGGGCAGGAUUUGGAUAUGGAGAUGAGUGAAUUCGCUCAUGUCAGUACCAGUCAAGGUCAGGGCCAGGGUCAACAUGGGUUCUGA